GUUAGACUAUUUACUGUUUAUCGGUCCAAGGAUAAAUACUCUGCGGAAUUCUUCCAACUGCCUGAGCCAGACACGGACUGCCUGGAUUGACACAAAUGGCCCUCGGCUUCUUCUGGGCCACUAUCCUCCUAGGAUUUUUUGCGUCCGUGCUAGCUCUCGACAUCAUGGGCCUGUUCCGCCGGAAAAAUCACUUUCCAGUGGAAGGACGUACUGUCCUGAUCACCGGUGGCUCUCAAGGCAUGGGCCGAGGAGUCGCAAAACUCCUAGCCCAGAAGGGCGCAAACGUGCUCAUUGUCGCGCGCGACGUCAAAAAGCUCGAGUCCGCCGUCGAAUACAUUCAGGCCGCCGCCAAAUCUCCCGCGCAGCGUUUCCACUACAUCAGCGCGGACCUCAUGAACCCCGCCGAAAGCGAGCGCAUUAUGCACGAAGCCGCCGUAUGGAACAACAACAACCCGCCCGACGUCGUAUGGUGUAUCGCGGGGUCCGCCGCUCCGGAAUUGUUCCUCAACACCCCCGUCGAGCGCCACAGGCAGCUCAUGGACAGCAACUACUGGUCCGCAGCAUACCUAGCGCAUGCGACUCUGCGAUCCUGGUUCAAGCCCCGCACUCCUCCUCCCGCAACGCCCGCUUCUACCACUACAACAAGCAAGUCCGUUUCCGAGACCGAAACCCCCGUAACUACAAAGGAACAAUCCGCUUCCCAGGCUGCUGCCACUCCUCCUGCGCGCCACCUCAUUUUCACAUCUUCUGUUCUCGCCUUCUACCCUAUCAUUGGAUAUAACGGCUACUCUCCUGCCAAAGCGGCGCUGCGUUCUCUUUCCGACGCGCUCUCGCAGGAGAUCAACCUCUACAAUGGAGCACGUCAUCACAACCCUUCCCUAGGCCCCACCGCAGAUGUCAAAGUCCACACUGUCUUCCCCGGCACCAUAUAUACCCCUGGAUACGAGCACGAGAACGAGACCAAGCCGGCGAUUACAAAACUCCUCGAGGCGGGCGAUCCGGGCCAAACCGAGGAUGAGUGCGCCGCUGUCAGCGUCCGCGGCCUCGAGCGCGGAGAGUACUUGAUCACUGUCGCCUUCUUGGGCUCCGCCAUGCGCGCGUGCGCCUGGGGUGGAAGCCCCCGCGGAAACUUCCUCCUCGAUACCCUCAUGACCUGGAUCACGAGUAUCGCGUGGCUCUUCAUUCAGCCAGACAUGGACAAGAAAGUAUGGCGUUGGGGUCGCGCUAAUGGCAUGCCAAAGGAUGCCAAGUCUGCGUAGGGGUCGGUUCGUACAUCGUACGGGAGACAAGUGAACCUCUGUUUGUCUUUUCUUUUCUUUUCUUUUCUUUACUUUUCCCUUUCUCCUUUCCUUUUCGCCCCUUGAUUUCUCAUUUUCCGAUGCAUAUCAGCACUGAUCGCGAGCAUUGAAAAUGACGGCAAGCUAUUUUCCCCGCCUGAUAUCACGGGACAAUCACAAUCAUCAUACCCAUUCCAUAUGUAUAUAUAUAUACUUAUAUUACUAUGAAGGAC